CCGGCGCCCGGCGCCCGGAGCGGGAGCAGGAAGCGCAGGCCACGCAGGGACCCAAGUGGAACAAAGUGUCGGCCGCCGGGCGCCGCGCGCCGCCCGCAACUCCGCCGCCCACCAUGGCCUCCGAGGAGCUGUACGAGGUGGAAAGGAUCGUUGACAAAAGGAAAAACAAGAAAGGGAAGACGGAGUACUUGGUGCGGUGGAAGGGCUACGACAGCGAGGACGACACGUGGGAGCCCGAGCAGCACCUGGUGAACUGCGAGGAGUACAUCCACGACUUCAACAGGCGCCACUCGGAGAGGCAGAAGGAGGGCACGCUCGCCCGCACGAACAGGACCUCCCCCAACAACGCCAGGAAGCAGAUCUCCAGGUCCACCAACAGCAGCUUCUCCAAGACCCCUCCCAAGGCGCUGGUCAUCGGCAAAGAGCACGAGGCUAAGAACAGUCAGCUGUUCGCCACCAGCCAGAAGUUCAGGAAAAACACAGGCCCGGCCCUGGCCGGCCGGAAGAACAUGGACCUGGCCAAGUCGGGCAUCAAGAUCCUUGUGCCUAAGAGCCCCAUUAAGAGCAGGACCGCGGUGGAUGGCUUUCCAAGCGAGAGCCCCGAGAAGCUGGACCCCGCCGAGCAGGGUCCCGAGGACACGGUGGCGCCGGAGGUGGCCGCGGAGAAGCCCGUUGGAGCUUUGCUGGGUCCCGGUGCCGAGCGAGCCCGGAUGGGGAGCAGGCCCCGAAUACACCCAUUAGUGCCUCAGGUGUCCAGCCCCGUGACCACGGCCAUGGCCACGGGCUUAGCUGUUAACGGAAAAGGUUCAUCCCCGUUCAUGGACGCGUUAACAGCCAAUGGGACGGCCAGCAUCCAGACGUCUGUUACGGGAGUGACAGCCGGGAAAAGGAAGUUUCUUGACGACAGGAGAGAGCAGCCUUUUGACAAGCGGCUGCGUUUCAGUGUGAGGCAAACAGAAAGUGCCUACCGGUACAGAGACAUUGUCGUCAGGAAGCAGGAUGGCUUCACCCACAUCUUGCUGUCCACAAAAUCAUCCGAGAAUAACUCACUCAACCCAGAGGUCAUGAAGGAAGUUCAGAGCGCCCUGACCACAGCCGCUGCCGACGACAGCAAGCUGGUGCUGCUGAGCGCCGUGGGCAGCGUCUUCUGUUGUGGUCUCGACUUUAUUUAUUUUAUACGCCGUCUGACAGACGACAGGAAAAGAGAAAGCACUAAAAUGGCAGAAGCUAUCAGAAACUUCGUGAAUACUUUCAUUCAGUUUAAGAAGCCCAUCAUCGUAGCAGUCAACGGCCCGGCCAUCGGCCUCGGCGCGUCCAUCUUGCCUCUCUGUGACGUGGUGUGGGCGAACGAGAAGGCCUGGUUCCAGACGCCCUACACCACCUUCGGGCAGAGUCCCGACGGCUGCUCCACCGUCAUGUUCCCCAAGAUUAUGGGAGGCGCCUCUGCCAAUGAAAUGUUGCUCAGCGGGCGGAAGCUGACCGCGCAGGAGGCCUGUGGCAAAGGCCUGGUCUCGCAGGUGUUUUGGCCGGGAACCUUCACCCAGGAAGUCAUGGUUCGAAUCAAGGAGCUCGCCUCGUGCAAUCCAGUUGUGCUGGAGGAGUCAAAGGCGCUGGUGCGCUGCAACAUGAGGGUGGAGCUGGAGCAGGCCAACGAGCGGGAGUGCGAGGUGCUGCGCAAGAUCUGGGGCUCGGCCCAGGGCAUGGACUCCAUGUUGAAGUACCUGCAGAGGAAGAUCGACGAGUUCUGACGGGCGGGCGGCCGGCCUCGAUCACGUCCACCCGUACAUAGGAAGCAGGCCUGGAGACAUCCAAGCUAUUUAUUAUGGAGGAGUUUUUAAAGUACUGUAACUUUAAAAUAAAUAACUACAAAACUCCUUUGUCCACCGUCAUUAUUUUGUACUUAUCUACACACAAGAGUAAGUGUAGCUGCUCCUGGAAGUGCCGAGUUUGGUUUUCUUUGGCUAGUACUGUAUUUUAAAAAAAGAAAAAGAAGUGUGUUUUGUUUGAGUGGCAGAAAAGUCUGGAAUAAUGUUUGUUUUCCUUGGUUUUUUUCCCUUUCCUUCUAGAACACAGACUCUAAAGGGGGGAUUAGCCAUCUUCUGUCCCCCUGCCCCAGGUAGAGACACAGAAAGAGCUGAGAUAGCGCCUUUGUCUCCCAGAAGGGACACACAGGUCGGAGUCUGACUGAGCCGGAGCCCCCGGGGGCCCUGUCCUCCGGAGCGCAGGCUUGGCGCCCGCGCUGAGGGCGUGGGCAGCAGGCGGCUGCGACCAGCUCUUCCCCAGUUAACCCGGGGAAGCCGCUGUCGCUCAGAAAAAAGCUGGUUUUGCAGUAUUAGUGAGUCACUGAAUAGCUCAAGCCUGAGUAAGUUACAAGUUAGCCUUAGUGGGUUUUAAAUAGUUUUUCUGACCCUCUUGAAAAACAUAACUACAUAAGUGCUUCUUGUUGCUGGGUGAGAAAUACUACUUUAUAUACAGUUUUGGGUUUCUAUUUGCAGAUAUGAUUGAUGUAUUACACCAAAAAAAAGUAUUUUUAUGUUUAUAAAGUGUAAUUUUUAGGUUCACUUGGAGUAUAUUUUAUUUAAUAAGUUAAAAUCCUUUGGCACACUAUUAAAUGCAAGAACUUUCCACACACACACACACACACACACACAGGACUGCCUUCAGUCGGACAGUUCUGGUCCUGGUCUCUGCUCUUCCGUCUGUAUAAUAAACCCAGUGCAGCGUGGUGCUCUAGAGCGCCCCCUGUGCAUACACGCGUGCAUUCCUUUCGGGAGCGGGGACUGAGUGCCCACCGCAGGCGCCUAGGGUUAGGCGGCCUGCAGGGCUUGCAAUCCUAUUGAAUGUAUGAAGAAUGAAAUAAAAUCAAAACCCUAUUUUUGUACAGUUUUGCAGUUUAUACGUAGAGCUGACCACCUCCCCGGCCACGCGGAGAGCUGUACAGUGUAUAAACCUGCCUUUGCCUUGGAUGGAUUGGUACAGUAUUUUUGCAUCUGUGGGACCUACUUUUUCGUUCCGUAGUUUGAACUAUAUAUAAACUGUACAAUCUGUAAAGUUUUUAUAGAAUAAAUAUUCAGCUGUGAAAACUGGUUAAAUAAAACUAAUAUUUCUUAACACAUCUGA